AUGGCCUUGGGCGGGAAACAGGGCGAGUACAUGGACGUGAAGAAGUUCACCCCGCACAGCUGGGUCGGCUUCGAACAGCACGUUCUGUUCCUCGUGGACUGGGAGUUCGUUUGGCUGGGCGAGGGCCCCGCGAAGGGGGAGCUGUGCACUUUGAAAGCGGUGGUGCACAAGGUGGUGAAGGACGGCAUGAUCUGCGAGAAGUACCACAUGCUGGACCAGAAGGCGGUCGCGAAGAUCACCGGCGUUCCGUACGUGGCGGAAAAGCACCAUCUAUGCAUUGCAAAAGUGUCGUACUAGUAUAAACUGCAUGACAAAUUUGCUCAAGAACAAAAAUGCAAUUUGUAAUGCUGUUUUCCCUUAGAAAGUAGAUGUGUCAUGCAUGACUGCAAUUAGUACGAGUACGAGUCUUUUGCACUGGAUACCAUCCAGGCUGCGUGGUGGUGGAGCAGGCGUUGGCCGGGUCGGCGGCGGGCAAGAUGGAGGAGUAUCUGAACCGAGUGACGGAUGGUAAAUUCGACUACAACUGCCUGAACGGGUUGUGGGAGAACACCUCCGGGUCGGACAAGGCGAGCUUUGUCAAGAUGGCCGAGAAGCAAGGCUCGAUCUGGGAGACCAUCCGGUUCGUGCCGCAUUCCAUGAGCGGCUACGGCGGACACGUCGGGUUCGUGUGCGACUGGGAAAUCAAGGUACAAGGUGCUGUCCUUUGGUGCAAAUGACGCAGUAUAAAUGUUGAGCAGAAUUGGAAUACAAUGAAAAUAAUGCAAGCAUAAGCGUAAGAGCAAGCACAUGAAAUGUACGCCUACGUCACUUAUUUUGAAGUUCUUCCAAAAGCAACGUCCAAGGAUCAUGUGCAGAUAGCGAAUGCUGGUUUCUCCAAAAUAAAAAUCAGUUGAACACCCCGGGGCAGGAGACACUGACCAUGCAGGCGGUGGUGCACAAGGUGGUCGAGGAUGGCAAGAUCUGUGCCAAGUGCCACAUGCUCGACAAGUACACUUCGGACCGGAUUGCCAAGAUGCUGGCGAUGAACUGAAGAGAGUUUAUUUCCUGGUGUAGUCGAUGCGUUUGAUGUAAAAUGGACAAACGAGGUGAACGAAUUGGUUGGGUAAGUUUACUUGACCACUUGCGUUGCCAGGGGUGGGGCAAUAAAGCAAGCGUGCCUAAUCAUUUUUUCGGAGAAGGCGACUCCAAAGUUUUUCAAAUGAAUGUCAGAUCACUCAUCAAAAAUAAAAAACCUGGGUGGUUAUUAAGCUUCUAUCACCGUCACCGUGUAAGAUUAUUUGCAAAAGCUGCGAGGUUUUUAUGACCGAACCGUUUCAAGCUUUUAUCAAGCCCAGUUUAUUCCCAAUGCAAGCAAUGGGAACAGUCCUCGGAAUAUCCUUCUGGACUCUAAUAUUCUCCCGCAUGUUGGAAGAUUACGAUUUAAAAAUCUUCUUUUUUCUAAAUCAGAAGCCUAAGUGGACUAUCAGUUUUUUUGGUUUCUGGAGAUCAAGCAUAAGAUGCAUUUGAUGUACAGCCAGAUGCAUUCCUUUGUAUGAUCGUUUCAGAUUUAAAACCAUGUCAUCCCUGCGGAGUCUCGCGAAGGAUCGAUGAAAGGAGCUCCCCACCUAUUUUGCCGAGUUAGGUCGGGGAACACAUAAACAAACAAAGUUUUUCUUUUCGGGGCAUCUAACGAAAGAAGAAAUAAGAAGCCAAUAAGCGUAUUGAUACCGGCGCCGUUAUCGAAACGGAGAUGGUAUAUAAAACAGGUACACGUGUGUCUUG